GAAACCGUAAAAAUCUAACUACACGAAUCUGUUGGCCCAUCUACUUUCCGAAAUCCGACCACCGAAGAGACGACGGCGACACGGCGGAACCCGGCCGAUAAAACCCUAUACUUUACACUUACUUUUCAAAAUUCAAUCCGCUGUUACACGUAUUGAAACAGAGAGAUAUAGGAAUAAAAAAACGCAUCGGUUGCUUCUUCGUACGAAGCUUGCCAAUGGCAGGUGGACAAACGGAUGGAGAAGACAAGGUGUCACUGGAGCUUACAGAAGAAAUUAUUCAGAGCAUGGAAGUAGGCAUGGCGUUUCGUGAUUAUACUGGUAGGAUAAGUUCAAUGGAUUUUCACAAGACUUCAAAUUUUUUGGUGACUGCUAGUGAUGAUGAAUCCAUUCGGCUCUAUGAUGUGGCUAAUGCAACAUGUUUGAAGACAAUUAAUAGCAAAAAGUAUGGGAUUGACUUGGUGUCCUUCACUUCACAUCCCACAACUGUUAUAUACUCCUCUAAAAAUGGAUGGGACGAAUCUCUGCGGCUUCUCUCAUUGCAUGACAACAAAUACUUGCGCUACUUUAGAGGUCAUCAUGACAGGGUUGUCUCCCUUAGUUUGUGUGCACGAGCAGAACAUUUUAUCUCUGGCUCUCUUGAUAGAACUGUUCUGCUUUGGGAUCAAAGAGCGGAUAAAUGUCAGGGACUUUUACGUGUACAAGGAAGACCGGCAACAGCUUAUGAUGAUCAAGGGCUUAUCUUUGCAGUUGCGUUUGGAGGAUCGAUAAGGAUGUUUGAUUCACGUAAUUAUGAAAAGGGUCCUUUUGAAAUAUUUUCCGUUGGUGGAGAUGUGUCGGAUGCAAAUGUUGUCAAAUUCAGUAAUGAUGGUAGACUUAUGUUGUUGACAACUAAGGAUGGGCAUGUUCAUGUACUUGAUUCCUUUCGUGGUACACUUCUUGGCACAUAUAAUGUAAAGCCAGUUUCGAGUAAUUCGACUUUGGAGGCCUCUUUUAGUCCCGAAGGAAUGUUUGUUAUAUCAGGUUCAGGUGAUGGUAGCGUUUAUGCUUGGAACAUUCGUAGUGGCAAAGAAGUGGGUAGUUGGUUGAGCAAUGAAAACGAAACCCCUGUCAUAAAAUGGGCUCCAGGCAGUCUCAUGUUUGUUACCGGUUCUUCUGAAUUGUCGUUUUGGAUCCCGGAUUUGUCUAAACUGGCAGCAUAUGUUGGAAGAAAGUAGAAAAUACGGAAGUCUUCAGAAACAGGUACCACCAUUACAGUCUCAAAAUUCUGCCAACAUACUGGAUAAAACAAUGAUGUUAGUUAACCUGUUACCAAAAUAUUUAUCUUUAUAAUCAGAUUAUGUACAUUAGUUA